AUCCCGAACCAAUGUGCGCACUACGUGUACCGGCCAUGGCUGCCACUGGCUUUGCCGCACAAUCGAUUCUCCGAAGAGUAGUUCCCUCAUUUCUAUCUACUCGCCCCACCAGGGUCGUCGGAGACUUCUUUUCCGGUACAAACCUCAUCCUCCGAACACCUCUACACCCCUCAGCUUUUGGAAUAUGCAGCCUACCACAGGCUAUUAAGGGUGAUGCUGAUAUUUUACUGAAAGGAGUGGGAGAUAAGAACACCAUUGAAGAUGUGAAACGUAUUGUUGAACUGGUACUUAUACAUCUACCAGACCAAUCACUCUCCUCUCAAUUAACAGCAAAACGGGCAUCAUUAAGACGAGAAGUUUUACAUACUGAUUUUCUGACUCCGCCUGUCUUAAAAGAGUCAAUGCUAGUCUUAGAAAGGUUAGCUGAUCUCAAAACAGUUGCACAAGGAGGAUACCCAGAGGCCGAACGAUGUCGACUCUCAGUUGGACACGCAGAGGCAUUAACAAGUGAUCCAGAUAAUGUUGCAGCCUUGAGUAUUUCAGGGAACUUUUCAUUUCAACCUUGUUCUCACGGUGAUUUCCUUGGUGCAAUCCUUGGUACAGGGAUUGCAAGGAAUAAGCUGGGAGAUAUACUCUUGCAGGGUGAAAAGGGAGCUCAUGUUCUUGUUGUUCCAGAACUUUCUGACUUCCUUGUAUCAGCAUUGGACAAGGUUGGAAAUGUUUCUGUCUCUUGCAAGAAGAUUCCAUUGCUUGCCCUUGAAUAUGAACCACCAAGUACAAAGUCCUCAAAAUCCAUUGAGGCAUCAUUGAGACUUGAUGCUGUAGCUAGUGCAGGAUUCAAAGUUUCACGAACUAAAAUGGCCAGUUUGAUUAGUAAUGGAGAUGUUCGUGUCAAUUGGAGCACCGUGACAAAAAGCAAUACUACCAUUAAGACUGGAGACAUGAUAUCAGUUAGCGGAGAAGGAAGACUUAAAAUUGGAGAAAUAAGCUCCACAAGGAAGGGAAAGUUCGCUGUUGAACUCAUCCGGUAUUUGUAAAGCAUGAAGUUAUUUGGCGAUAUUGAUUCCAACAACUUAAAGGCUGCUAUUGAUACUUAUCAAGCCCUCAUUUGCCAUGCCACCGCACUCCCUAACCAAAGGCAACUUCGUACCAGGGGUAACCCGAGACCUUUGAUUAAGGAUGAAGUACUUACUAUUCCACCACAAUCCUUGUUGCUCAUUUGUUACCUUAAGAUGUAAAUAAUUCAAGCCUAGACAUCUGAUCUUUGAAACAAAUGUGAGUGUAAGGAGUUGAGCUAUUAACACGGGCUGGCUCGGAUUGAGCGGGCUAUAGAUUUCAACGGCCUAGCUCAACCCAACUAUUCAUUUGAAAGGUCCUCCAAAAUACUAGUUCAAUUGAGCUCUAAGCGGGCAAGCAUGUGAGCUAGCACUAAAUUUUAUUUUUUCAGAAAAAUCUAUGAGAUAGUUAUUUUUUAGGAAGAAAUCUUUUAAAUGUGCUUGUGUAUCAUUAUUGUUGUUUUAAAUGUUAAAGAUUAAAGAAUAAUAUGUAUAAAAAACUAUAUCCUUAUUUGUUAAUUUUA